AGAGAGAGCUCUCCGUGGUGCUGAAGGCAGAAAAACAAGCUCCAGUUACAGUGCAAGCCAAACGGAUAUCAUACAUGGCGCGCAAGAGAGAAAUAUAAAACCAGCAAAAAGAGGCACAAGUGCUGAGCUGAAGGCACCCCGCGAAAGGAAACAUGAAGAAGGGAGGAGAGGUCAAAAGGAUGACGUUGUAGUGGAAGGUGGCUACAGUAAGCAGUGGGCGUGUCCUUGUUUUGAUCUAUCGCUGGGAAGCCCGGUGUCAUCUGCUUCAGCAGAGACUUGACAGCCCAGACCUGUGAGGACCGGCUCAAACGGGUGUACAGGGAAUGUUGUACCUGGAAAACUGCACACGCUCGGCUCUACCUCACUGUCUCUCUGGAUGAGGAUCAGCUAUGUGGCACACUGUGGGAAAUUUUGUGCAUUUGGACAACCAGAAAGAGGAGGGAGUUGUUUUUUAAAGACAAUUCGAAAAACUGUCCAGGCUGGAAGUGCAAGUGGAGUCUGAGGUGAGACUUGUGUCAUGCUUGCGGCGGCGGCCGUGGCGGCAGCGGGUGCGGUCUGCGGCUCCACUGCGUCUUCCUUCCCUCUCUAACAUGUGCUGAUAUGUGGAGCAGUAAAGCUGGCACCUGUAUAGGAGUUUGACAUCUUUCUCUGCCCGGGGGGGAGGGAGCAUUGGGCUGGGCAUGCACCGGAUGGCCCAGUUCCCCACGACUACGAACCUAAUACUGGGUCACAGGGACUCCUUCUAGCAAUGCAGUUGGACCAUACAAUGGAUGGACGUCUCUGUGGAAUUAACAGUGCACUGGUUCUCCAGCAAAGGUCAGAGUUCACUUGUGUGUGCUGGACCUGUCAGGGGAAGACAAAAAACAUAUUGGUUCACAAAGGCCCAUUUGGAAAAACCUGAAGAAUGAUGAGCUCCAAGGAGGAGGAAACUCUUCGCUUUUUCCAGUAUGUCGAAGAGAAUGGGCUGAGAGCCUACAACGGCCUAGUGGCUCAGAACCUGGACCAUGCCAGGAAUGAGAAAAAUAGGAUAUUCCUGCAAGAGAAAAACGACAAGAAGAGAAAACAGGAGGAAGCCAUAAGAAGGACGGGAGAGGACAUAGCAACAGAAGGCAAGCACUUACGUAUGGGCUCCAUCACCAUGCCAGAACCCCAGGAACGCAUGCCCAUGCACCAUCCGCAUGCUCUGGCCUGUGGGCAGGGCUUCUCGGUGCGCUCCCAGUCCCUUCACUCUGUCGGCGGCGGUAGCAACAGCGGGGGUGGAGAGGAAGAGGUGGGGAGUCCGACAUCUAGGAAGCAGCCCCCACCCAAACCAAGGAGGGAUCCAGCCACCAAGCUCAGUAUGUCGUCUGAGGCGGUGGACCACAGUCCCGUGUCCACCUGCCGUGGAGACAGAUGUGACGCACAAGGAUGCAGUGAAGACUGCAGGAGGGUGCCACCACCCAAACCCAAGAGGAACCCAAACACACAGCUGAGCGUUUCCUUCGACGAGUCCUACAUUAAAACCCAUGGAGGCGGAGGCGGCUGCCCUGCCAGAGCGCUUCACCACAUCGGCUUCCCAUACGAGCGCAACACCUCUCCACCGCAGAGCGACGAGAGCCCCACUGACGACUGUGACGACGAGCCGGUCUAUAUCGAGAUGGGCGGCAUUGAUGUGGGAGCGAGAGAACUCUGCAAGAGUGAGGACGAGGAACCCGGGGAGUCAGUGUAUGAGGAGAUGAAGUACCCCAUGCUGGAUGAUAUGGAGUACCGUACCGACCCAGUGGGAUGUCGCUCUGCAUGCCCUACUCCGGCUCCAUAUGACCCUGAACCUCUUAGUCGAUGCUCCACUCCUCGAAACAUUCCCUUCUGUGACAUUCCUGCACCGUUUCCCAAUUUACUUACCCACAGGCCUCCAUUGUUGGUGUUCCCCCCCGCACCAGCCCAGUGCUCACCCAACUCGGACGAGUCUCCCCUUACCCCUCUAGAUGUUACCAAAUUGCCAAUGAUGGACAACCAAUCAUCCUACAGUAAAUCCCCAACCUCCUCUGCCGAGCCACCCUCCUCUGCACACGUCCGUAGGGAGCUCACGGCCACCCCUACCCUAACCGUCUCCGGGCGGUCCUCCGCACCUCCACUGCCAUGUACACUCUACAAAACCUCUUCCUCAUCCUCCUAUCAGCGCAGCCACUCGGCGUGUCCAUCUCCAGUGAGCAUGGGCCGCUGUCUCACCCCGUUGAGCCUCAUGCGGACACCACCAUUUGAUGCUACAACUCCAUUCCCAGGGGGGCUGCCGAGGAGCGCCUCCGCCACUCCUCAUGGCAAAGGGUCGCCGCCCCAUGAUGGCGUGGGGCGGCUCCAUGGCUCCAUGCAGAAUGUGUCGACAGGACGUUCACGGACACCAACGAGCCCGCUGGAUGAGCUGACCAACCUGUUCACCACCGGGAGGAACAUGCUGAAGAAGAACGCCAGUGGGAGAAAAUCGAAAGAGCCUGGAGAGACUGAGGCCAAAAGUAAGUCCCACAGUGAGUCCAAGCGUGAAGGCAAAGAGCGCCACAGUCACAGCCACAGUAAGGAAUCCAAGCGAGAGUCCAAGGAGCGCCACAACAAAGAGUCGUCUCACCGCAGAGACAAAGACAGAGAGAGAGACAAAGACAGAGACAGAGACAGAGACAAAGUCAGAUCCAGCAAUGUGGAGUCACUGUCUCACAGGCGUAACAGCAAAGACCGUAGUGACAUAGACGCGCCACCAGUUCGCAGGGACAGCAGGGACCAAGCCUACAGCAGCGUUGAGCCCAUCCCUACCAGAUGGGAUUCCAAAGAGCGGAGCUGCAGUUCUGUUGAACCCAUCCCGUUGAUACGAAGAGACUCAAAAGAAAGAGCAAUCAGCAAUGGAGACCUGAUGCCUCGAAGAGAUAGCAAGGACCGGGGGGGCGGACACGGAAUGGAGUGUUUGCUGAAACAGGACAGCAAAGACAGAGUACUGGAUCAGCCACCUGAGCUAUUACCGAGACAGGACAGCAAAGAGGGUGCUAGGAAUGGUGUCGACUCCAGACAUGAAAGCAGAGAAAGACUGUUGGAUCAACCGCCGGAACUCUUACCCCGACAGGAUAGCAAGGAGAGAGUCAGGAACGGCGUGGACUCGAAGCAUGAAAACAGAGAUAAGCCGCCUGAGCUUCUACCCAGGCAGGAGGGCAAAGACAGGGCUAGAACUGGUGCAGAACACAGGCACGAUAGCAAAGAUUAUCGGCCUGAUUUGUUACCCCGACAGGACAGCAAGGAGAGGGCACGGAAUGACGUGGAACACAGAUAUGAGGGCAGAAUCGACCAGCCCCCUGAGAUCCUCCCCCGACAAGAAACAUCCAGGAGCAGCAAAGACAGGGCAGGAUACAAUUCAGAAUCCAAGAACGAGGGGAGAGAUAGGCUCAUCCACAAUGGAGGAGACCUCCCUCCACCUCUUCUACCCAGGCAGGACAGUAAAGAUCUGAGCCGAACUGGGCUUGAGGUGAGACGAGACAGUAAAGACAGAAGUCUCAAUGGUUCAGACCAUCACAACCAGUAUGACGGGAAAAUCACCAAGAGCCCUACAGCCAUGGAGUACAGGUACAGACCGGACGGAACGCCGCGACGAGAAAACAGAGCCAAUCACAGUAUGGACCCUUCAAAAGCACAAGAGAGGAACCAGCAUUCAUCCACCACGACACCUACACACAACAGUAAAUCAACUGGGAGCCCUCCAGUGACUGCAGGAACCGGGAAUGAUAUGAAAGCAACACCUAAAUACGCUCGCUCACCUUCCAUGCCUGCUAACCCUUCCCCGUUGGGGACGCCACAAAGGAGAGCAGCAGACACUCACCAGAGCCAGAUGCCCCAGAUGCCGUGGAUAUGUGGCGACAACACCAUGCUGGAGCAGAUCGAGAGGAAACGCACGCUCUGCAAAGAAAUCCGCUCCAGACAACACCCCCACCUCCAGCGAUAUCUGGAGAAGCCUCCUGCAGACAGGAGCGAGGACAGACACCAUGAGCGGAGUCAAUGCAAGCAAGAAAGCGCCUCGGUCCUCCCAGCUUGUGGGAAGAGCAGCGGGGCCAAAAAGAUCCGUCCUCCCCCGUACCCUACACAGACAACUGUCUUCUGGGACACUGCCAUCUGACCUGCCGCAUCUGCUCCAAAAAAAAGCUGUUCGGAUUUAAGCCCCUCCCUCUCCACGUGGAGACGCCAAUUCGAGCACCAGAGGCAUGAUGCUCGCUGAUGUCAAAGGACAAUGGUGUUACCAUAGCAAUAUUUCUGCUUGUUCAGGUUGUCAUUUUUUCUUAUCAUCGCCGGUAUGAUAUUUGAUAUUUUUCUAUUUCUUGUGGCUGGAUUCUUGUAAUAUAACUAGUAGAGUAGAUAUUUGAUGAAUAGAUAUUUUCUAAAUCAGAUUAAAAGAGGAUUAAAAAGCAUCCUAAAUUAUGUAUAGUAGAUGUAGAUGCAAUCUAAUGUUUGUUUUAUAUUAUUUUAUCUUAUGUUGUUAUUGCUUACUUUGAGCUGAAAGCAUAAUCUAUGAAUACUGGUACUUAAUUUUCUUAUGCCCAAAUCAUUUUUUUUUUGGUGCCGAAUGACACUAAAACGAACGGACUAUUCCAUUUUGUCUGCAUCUGUUUUACAUUUUUACUGCUGUAUUGUAAGUUUAGGAGUGGCGUCAACAUUAGGGAUGGGUGUUAAUAGUCAAUUCAUUGAAAAAGAAAUGACAAGUUAAUGCAGAAAUUGAGGCAUAAUCAAGUGCAUUACUCGGCUGCAACCAGCAGAGGCGCUGUUGAUUCAGUCUCCAUUUGUCUGCGGUUUAAAGAAGUAAAACAUGAACACUUCCAUGGAAAUGAGCAUUUAAAAAGGAGUUGAGAACAUAGAGAGAAAGAUUAUCUUAAUUAGGGAUGCACAAUAUUUUUUUUUCAAGCCGAUACUAAUAACUUCCUAUUUCUUAAGGAUACUGAUAACAUUUUGAAGCUAUGUAACAAUUUAACUGUAGUUUUAUGCACAGAUGGGGUUAAGAAUGACUUGAUAAAAUUGGAUUUGACAAACAGAUUUGUAGAUUUGUCCUUAUCAGAUAUCGUGACAUCAUGACUACUACAAGUAGCAGCAUCUUGAAAAUGCAAACGCAGCUUCUUUGGUGGCACAUGCGUCUUGGUGGGCUUUCCAGGCGCCGUUGUGGCGAUGCUGGUGGGGUUGGAUGUGCUGAGGGUUGAUUUUUUUGUCUCUCUUUGCAAAGUGUUUGGUGUUCGAGGUAGUGAGGGGGUCCCACACAAUCGACUGCAUGUUUGUUUACAAGUCACAUGUCGAAGUAAAAUUUGCUCACCUUACAAUACAGUACGGUAAUCUUGCCUCAUCUGUGCUAUUUGCUAAUGUUAUGGAAUUCAUCGGUACACCCCUAAUCUUUAUUAAUGGAUGAAUUUCCCAAUAAUCCCAAUUAUUGGUUUCAGGUUUCAGAUUUCUCUCCAGCGUGUUCUAGAAUGUACAACACCCAGACCUAGAACACAAGCAGAAAUCCUCACGCGCUUCAGUUUGUGUGUUACGGUAACAGGUCACUUCAUCAAAGCCUUUUAAAAAUGAAAUCUGGAGUGUUCUAAGAGGGGGCAGAGAAAGUGUAGUAUGUUUCUGUUGUACUUUUUGAUACCCAUGCGGGUGUGUGUCAGGCGAGCGGUAGCAAAUUAGAAUAUUUACAUUAUGAACCGUAUCAUUUCCAAAACCAGCCAAAGCCUGUUAAAAACUGUGUGGUUGCACUUUGGGUGUUUGGUUCUAUGAAAUCAUGGGGUCGGUGGCAAUAGCUGGUUGAUUGAUUGCCAGCGCCUUUACUUUGCCAUGCACACUGCAAGCACGAGGAGUGCAAAUACUUGAUGCCAACAACCAGCCUGUACAAUCAACACCUGAGCUUUUAGGACAUUUCUUAAUUUUCCUGCAGAUUAUAAUAGCCAUAUGCACUUGCUUAUUAAUAAGAAAUACCUUUCAAGAUGAUGCUUAUAUACAGUAUAUAUUUUUGAAAACAGUAGCGAGCUUUGCCAUGUAAAGUUUUAUUUGGCGGGGAGGUGAAAAAAACAAAAAGCUUCAUUCAGGAUUGGCUGUGUGUGACAUCAUGCAGUCCCUCCAUAACUUGGCUGGGAACAAAGAUCACAUAGGACCUAUAUCAUGGCAACACCUCAAAACAACUAGAUCAGAAGGACAGGGGUCUCUAACUCUUUUGGAGGUUUUGUAAAUAAAACUGCACUACCCAUCAUGUUCCAUCACAUCAGGCUGGUAACAAUGUCCCCACCCACCCCUACCCCACC